UGCAAGCGCAGUUCCGUAUUGGUACGAACUGCAGUUCUCAGAAUGCAGUCGGUCAGAUUUUUAUCUUAAUCACCAUCAUAAACUCUUUAAUCCACUGAUUAUAGGAAAGCAUUCAUAUCCUUCUGUACGUUCGAUUUUAUUCGUUGUAUGACGAUCAGCAUUAGCUUAUCCUACAGCAGACAGCUAACUGUGGUCGGUUUUCCGCCCGGACCCUUUUCAGAGCCGGAUCUGGACCCGGACUGCAUACACCAUCGGAUUCCGCGCGACCGUUAAACUGACAACGUUCGAGAAUUCGGACAGUUGGGCCGGCGAUGGAGUUGUCAGUACUUAUCAAGAAAUUAGGUCACCAGCUUGUGGAAAUUAGAGUUCGAGCGCUGAAGAAUAUUUUGUGUAAAAUUGAUCAUGGUUUGAUAUCUGUUGUUGAUCUGGCUCAAGAAAAAAGUCUUUUCAUUCGACUUCUGGAAUGGUUCAACUUUCCAACUGUUCCAAUGCAAGAAGAAGUACUCACACUGUGUAAUCGCUUUGUAAAGCAUUCUUCAGUUGCCCAAUUAUUUCGAGAAAUUGGAGCUUUAGAAUUUCUAGCACAGCUGCGAUCCAAUGUGGAGCCAAAGUUACAAGCGUGCAUUGAUGAAGUUAUGGAUGAUCUGUUCAAACUGCCAGAUACAAUUGUUGAUGUGCCACCUAUUGCCUAUCAGUCACAACCUCUGAAAUCCUCUGAUAAUAAAGCUAUACCUCCUGUAACAUUCGAAGAAGAAAUACUUGGUUACUUUCAGAGAAGCAGCUGCAGUCAAACACAACAAAGCAGAAUUUUCCCUCAGAAAGCUGUUGGCAAUGAAACAGCGAAAUGCUUGAAGUAUUCCACCUUUCCUUGGUUGACACUUACUGUGACAGAUAGGCAUGUUCUUUCAUCAAAUGAAAGCUCUCUGAAAAGCAGUAAUCACACCUUAGUUCGCAAUACCUGUGAACUUCUGCAAGAUGUCAUAAUGCAGGAUUUCCCUGCUGAGAUCUUCCUUCAGCGUCCAAUGAUUGUCCAGAACCUUCUCUUGUUGACAAAAUUAGCGUUUGGGGGAGAUGGAACACAAUAUUUAGCGAUGCAAGCCGUGGGUUGCUUGACCCAACUGUCUGUGUAUCUGCAGAGGAGACUAAACUUUCACAGGGAUCCUAGCUUCUUUUCUACAAAACAAGAUUUAGUUUCUCAGCACUCUUCUGUGGCCUAUUCUCAGGAAACAAGGGGGGGACACAUUUCCCAAAAUCCCUCUCUAAGAAGUACCAGUCCCAGACCAAAUGUCGUUGGGCGAACUGUUCAACGGCCCAGAGGAGAUGGCCAAGAUGGUGAUGCAGUAUCAUCAAGUGCAAGCAGUUCUCAGAGGUUUGCUAACUCUGGAAGUCCGCUGUCUAACCAUUCAAUUGUUGACUUGGAACUUCCUGAGAUGGAAGGUGAUGAUUCUUUGGAGCUUCAGUUCCAGCAGCUUACCCUUCCACAGUUUUGUGUGGCUGUACUGGAGCAUGCAGUGCCAAUGCUCAGAACAGGUAGUCAGAAGAUGGUGAUGCAUGUUUUGGAACUGUUGUUUGAAGUGCUAUUGCUCAUCGGUGAUUCAAUCUCUGAAGAUGUCUGGAGUGAUGCCAGUCUUCUGGGACAUGAACUAAUGGAAAGCCUGAUGGCAAUCUUGGAUACUCUAGCGGAAACUCUUGACUACCACUAUGUAAGCAUUACUGAAGAGCAGUCAGAGACUGAUCUGAUACAUCACCGAAUGGCUUUUAUUAGCAUUGCGUUAUUCACUAUACGCCUGCUACAAAUAAUUCUCCCUGUGGAGAAGGCAAGAAAAAUUCUGCCAGAAAAUCUGGGGAGUGUUCUAUAUCUUCUGUCCCUGGAUCUAUCAUUUCGUUUAAGCUACCUCAGCAUUCAUGAGUCUGUCACUGUGUACUUAGAGCAGGUCAGCCUGGAGAGUUACAAGAUAUAUAAAAGAGCAACUGAGAUGUUGGAAUCAAUGGAGUGUGUGUGUGCUUUUCUCAAAGCUGCUGAAACCAAGGGUGAAAUGAAUCUUAUAGAGCUGAUUGAAUUUGCAGACCAGGCUUUGAUUAGCCUUCCUUAUCAUCAGCAGCUGCAAGUAAUCCUAAGAUACGUUGAAAUCUGCUCAGAAAUUUCCAAAUCUGCAGAGGUCAGUCCAAUACUUGACCGCGAGAGUCGGAAAAUAUUUCUGAAACUUUUGUCUCACACCUUGCCAACUAUCAAAGUCGAAACUUAUCGCUGCUGUUUAAAUAUCGUGAAGGCUUGUCUUGGAAUCCACAAUGUUAUCAAGCCAAUGUCAUCAAUUUCUCGAGGUGUUAAUUUCCUUCUCCAUCCCUGGGUUUUGUAUGAAAUAUGUACAUUUGGUCUACUGGAUUCAACUGAACAGGUGAACUGUGCGGCAAAAGAGAUACUUAUUAUCUUACUGCAGAGCCACCUGGUCUUGAGCACUUCAAGUUGGAAUAUGUUAAUUGAAGCUUUAUAUCCUGUGAUUCCAAUACUCCAGGGCUUUGCAUCAGUUGAAGAUCCACUAGGAAUGUGCAUCCUUGCACUGAGUGGACCAUGCAAUGAAGAUGCUGCUGGCAUUCUGUCAUGCGCGGCCAAAAUUCGUGCAUCUCUUCGACUUUUUAUGAGCAAAAUGCAUUUAGUGCGCUCUGUAGCUUUUACACACUUGAUGCCUCACCUGCUUAAUGAAGAAGAUGCCUCCAACAAACUGCCUGUGCUGCAAGGAAGUAUAUUGAAUCAUGUGUCUGAUUUGUACAUAUUGGAGAAAUCAAUUGAUUUGCAAUUAGACAAUGGCAAAUCUUUUUUCAAGGAAGACAAUGUCUGUAAAGUGUAUGGAAUCCUGAUCUCUGAAACAGUUGACCUGUCUCUUCGGAAAUCUGCGGCAGAGCAACUGGCUGUUAUGGCACAAGAUGCCAAACUCCAUGCUGUGUUGAAAAACCAAGGUAUUGUAGAAAAGAUAGUUUCAUUUGCACGUGAAAGUGUGCACAGAAAUGGAAAGAGCAUGCAGUGCAUGGUGUUGCCAUGUCUUACAAUUUUACGAAAGCUGGUUUACUUGGAUCCAACUUUGCGGCACAGCCUAGCUCAGCAGUCCUCUUUUCUGCUUACCCUCUUCAGAGUGUCCCUGGUUUUGCAGAAGGAUAAAGAAAUUCUUACUGUGGUGGCAGCUCUGCUAACUCUACUGCUGUUUGAUGAAGUAGCCAGGAUAGAUUCUUGGUCUGAUAACAUCACUGCUCCAUCCCCGCCGUUCAGCUUACCAGUUGUUGUGACCCAAAGGUACAACUUAAUGGUGAAAGUGGCAAUUCAUCAUGCUGUUAGCCCUUACUGCACCGUGGUUCCAACUUCUUCAGACCUUAUGAACUCAAGACCUCCAUCAGACAUGUUGAAAUUGGCAUGGAAUCUUGCUUGGUAUGGUGGAAUUGAUCAAGUCCUGGAACAGAACGGACAUCCAGGAAUUAAUACAGCUCCAGAAUUUUUAGAAAACCUGAGGUUGUCUCCCGUUGACAUUACAAUACUUAAAACAACCUAUGUUGCUAAGGGUCUGCAGGACUGCCUUGUUUCCAUUACCAAGGCAACAUCUCAUAGUGUUGUCAGUUCUACUCUUGCUAGAAUGAGAUUGUAUUUGCUGAAUGACGAACUAGCUCUGAAACGAGGCACUGGUUCCAGUAUAUCUAUACUGCAUGACCUUGAAUGGCAAACAGCAUUGAGCAGAUUUUUACUAGUUCUUCCAGCCAGUGUUGAGGAUGAGAAGCUGCUGGCUGAUGUUUUGGCUUUCCUGAGCAAAAUGUUGAAAGCACAAAGGGAUAGUACAGAUACUCGGAACCUAAAUCUGCUUCUGGAGUUCCUGCUUAGACAGGAAAACAGUCCACUGAUGAAUUUGUUACUGCAAACUGGAUCACCAGCGCAAGGUGAAAUGGAUGAAAUUCAGACUCUUGUUAGGCAGAAACUUCAAAAGGAACUGAUUGGAUUCUUCAACUCAAUAUUGCGAUCUCUCACCUCUGUUACAAACAGAAAAUGCCUAUUGUUGGCUGGUCCUUUCAGAACCCAACUUUCAUUUAAGCUUCUCCAGUGUCUGCGAAUCACUAAUGCACCACAUUUCUAUGGAUUACCUGCAUUGGAGAGGACACUGCGUGGAAUGGUCUAUGUUACUGCUGUUCCUGGCUGGACCUUACAUUCAACCACUGAGGACCCUUACAUGCUUUGUAAGAAAUAUUUGACUGGACUGCUGGAGGUCAUUUCAUCAUUUUAUGUGGAAUGGGGCGGAAAUGCAAUGUCUUUCAUGGGUAAAGGAGUCACAAAGAGUGCAGUUAUCUGCUUGCUCCAGCUGUCCUAUGAGAUGAUGACACAGGCCAAAGAUAAGGAUUGGAUAUCACUGUGGUCUUUGGCAGAUGAACAGAACAAUGAGAAUCAAAUGCCUUCACAACUAGGUCUGGCAUGGCUCAUUCCACUUUGGGUUGACCGAGACCCUGAGGUCCGUUUUGGCAGUUUGGGUCUUGGAUCAGCGUUGACUCUGGUUGAAAAUGGCUGCAUUGCAUUCGCAGCCAGCUGUCAGAAUAUUUCUGGAGGAUUAUGGGGCACAGUUCUAAACAUCCUUCUGGACCAAUCUGAAUGCAGUAUGGCUCGUAAGGAGGCUGCGUGCAUACUACAGAAUUUGCUGAUGAUUUGUAUGCCAACCACAUUGGAGGAGGCAAAGAAUUAUGUUUGGCAGAGUCCAUGUGUUCAUGAUGAAGCAUCUGGUUUAUCACUGGUUGGGCUGCCUGCUGUCCAGGCUCUACUGUAUCACUGCCAAUUCUACGAGCGCGUGGGUCAUAUGGCAAAGCAGUGCUAUCUUGGAAGAUACAUGUUCGAUUUGAAUUUUCCAAAACCUACUGGUACCAGUUUUCCCAAUGGCAAUUUAGAAGACAUUGACUCAUUGAAAUAUUGGAGAACAUCAUCUGGUCUGUCAAAUCACAGUCACUCAUCAAGUUUUCCAUCAACGUCAAGUACUUUGAUUUUGCCGUCACCACCUUUAUCAGGUAGUACACCUGAUUUCCAGGGGCUUUUGCAGUAUUCAGCUGUGUCUCCUAUUCUUAUUCCUGAAUCUCCGAGUAAUAGGCUAACAGUCCAAGGUCAGAGUGACUCAGAAGCUACCCAGUCACCGCACAGUGGGAAUUCUCAUGUUUCUGAUCCUCUGUUAGAGCAGUGUGCAGUCGUUACCCUUCACUUCUCAUCGGCUCUAUGUGGCUUGCUUGCUAACCUACUGGCAACUAUUCCAGAAGACACAUUACAUGCAGUCAAGCAAAACCAGUUGCUUGCAGCUUUCCAUGGUUUGGUAAACACUGGUUUGCUGGAGAGAUGCCUGUGGGAGUUGGGAACACCACUGACUCGCCUUAACCACUACGAAGAUAUUAAAGCUCAGGUUUUGAUCCACCUUCAGUAUCUGUCUGCGUUUUCUGGUCUAGUUCAACACUGUUUCGUCUUGCGUCCGGAGCACGUAACUCAGGAUGACUUUCUGAAGCCAUUUUUGUUAAAUAUAUUCACUGUACUUUGUAUACGGUGCAAGGAUUAUUUUGGCUGUGAGGUAACAUCUACCAUCUACCAAGCAUGGACAGACUUAUUUAUGCUUUUGAACACAAUCCUACGGAAAAGUGCUCAGGAUACAUUCCCAGCAGUUGUGACUGCAGUGGAAAAACAUUGGGCUGCUCUCAUAGGUACUAUUUCCUUGUGCAUUCAGAUGUCCACCACCAGACCCCGUUUGUAUACGGUAUCCUUACAAUUCAUUUCUCUCCUUCUGACUGAAGAGGGAAAGAGGCAAUGCCACAUUGGAACUAUAACUUACUCAAUCAACUGUCUGGCUCUUACAAAGCUUUUAGAUGGAAAUGAAGGGGAUGAAUCAUCAGGCACCCAGCUCUGUGAGAGCCUGUUAAAGAGCUUUGAAGGUAAAUCAUCUGACGAUACUCUCAGGAAGGUUGCAGCAGGUGCUCUUAUAGCAUUGCUUCCUGUAAGCAUUUGUGCUCAGAAGCAUGCAUUGGAAGCUGGCCUCAUUGACAGCUGUAUAGACCAGAUGAAGCAUACUUAUGUACAAUUCAACUUGGAUUCACUGAGACCUGGCAAAGUGAUCCAAAGGAAAAAGGAUGAUAGUCUCACCAGAGAGCUGAAAAUGGUGAUGCAUUUGCUGAGGAAUUGCUUAUAUCACAAUGUUGAAUGCAAAGUUGCAGCAUCCAAUGCACAUCUUGUGACUGCAAUUUACUCACUUUGGCCCUGGUUUUUAAUGGAUGAUAAGCUGAUUUUGGCAGCCCUGAAACUGUUAUGUGUCUACACAGCAAAUCUACCAACAUCAUGUGUUUCCCUGUGCUGUGGAAGUGGACCACCACUUGUUUCCCAUUCUUCUCUAAAGGGAAUGGCAGGUAACUCUCUCGUUCACAUGAUCAUGAAACAAGCCUUGCAGAAGACACACAACAACAGUGCAAUUCAGCAUAUGGCAUUUGCUGUCCUUUCAAACUUGGCCAUUUCCCAUGAGUGUAAAGGCGUGUUGCAGAAGAGCAAUUUCUUGCAUAACUUCCUUGUCCUACCAUUACCAAAGACAGCAGGAAAACCACUAAGCACUCUUGCUAUGCUAUGGCUGAAGCUGUUGCUGAAUAUAUCUUUUGAAGAUGAAGGACAACAGAUGAUUCUGAAGAUGAAUGGUAGCCUGGAGCUUUUGACAGCAAUGUCCCAGCACAAGAACAACCAGACUACUGCUUUGCUUGUGCUUCAUAAUAUUUGCUUCAAUCCUGCCAACAAGCCAAAGGUUCUAGCUAAUGAUAAAACCAUGUCAGUAUUUGCGGCUUGUUUACAAAAUGACAAUCCUACAGUUCAGACAAUAGGUGCCUCAGCACUUUGGGCUUUACUUCAUAACUACCAAAAGGCCAAAGUUACACUGAAAAAUCCAUCGAUGAAGAGGAGAGUGGAUGAAGCUAAUUUUUCAAUCAAGAAAUAUGUGACUUGCAAGGAGUGCCAGAAAGUGGACUUGACAAUUAAACUCCAGGACAUAGUCGUGCUUAAAUGCGCAUACCCAGAGAUGGGCAAAAUGAUUCAGUUGUCCUGGGAGAAGAAAGAUGAUGGUGUGAAGCACAAAGUUGCCGUGUAUAAUCCCAAACGGGGAGAGCGCAUUUUCUUUCCAUACAAUCAAAGUGUUAUAUUUCUCUCAUCAAAUAUCAAUGGAGAUAUAAAGUUGACAGCAACAGCUGCAGAUGAAGGCCUUUAUCAAUGUUCCAUUAGCACUUUUCCUGAAGGGAUGUUGGCGAAACUCAUUGCAGUAAUAGACCCAGCAAAAUUUCCCAGAAGUCGGACAGCAGACACUCGUGUGCACUUUGUGCCAGGGGACAAUGUGACCUUAUCCUGUGCGUAUCCAAAUGUGGACAGUAUUACACAGUUGAUAUGGCAACGGACGGCUGGAGAAGAAAUAAGUACCAUAGUUGAUGUCACAACUUCGCUAACAUUUAUUGGCUAUGACUACAAGCAAAGAAUCCAAUUUAUCCACCCGUCCAAUCAAAACAUCAGUCUGACCAUACAGAAUAUGACAACAAAUGAUGUGGGAAUGUAUAGCUGUCAUAUUGUCACAAAUAUUGGAAACUGGACCAAAACCUUUGAUGUUGGUGUGGAAGGUGAACAGUCAGAUCUCCCAACACCAAGAAAUCAUGCCACACCUAACGUACUUACUGAAGCACAGAACCACCCAGCCAAAGCAGUUCCAGGCAUAAAAAUGCUUCUAAUUUUUGGCGCAAUUGCUUUGGGAAGUCUUCUAUUGGUCAUCAGUGUUGUUACCAUAGUAUGUGUGUGGAGGAGCAAGAAACAGAAAGCGAACAAAAAACAGUUCCAAAAGGGCACCACUGAAAGAAAUAAACAAAGGAGAGCCAAUCCAAACAGCUAUGCAAAUCCUGAUGUCUACGACCGAGCAAAUUCCAGGGAAAUGGCUUGUCCGGAUGAAGCUAUUUAUGCCAAUCUGUAGGAUCUACUGCUGACCGUGUAUCCGUCCUCAACUUCACUGAUUGAUCUUUAUCACUAGUUUCAGCUUUCAUGUUCUUCACAAACGAGGUGACUGUUGAACUCAUUCCAUCACAAAAUUAAACUGUAAACUUUAUUACAAUUUUGCAACGGGAUAAAGUAAGAAAUAAUGUGCUUUCUUCUCUCAAAUUCUAAAAGUGCUCCACUCAUUUUACUCUUAAGUAAUGAACAUUUUAUUCAACCAUUUAACUGGUAAAUGUAAUAAUUUCAAGAUAUCAUGUGUAUAUUUAUAAACUUGGUGAGUGAGAACAGAUCAGAAAUUCUAACUUAGCAACAUACAUAAUAGAAAAAAAAACAAAAAUUAAGCAGGAGCUACAAUCCUUAAAUAUGUUCAGGUAUAAUAUUAAAAAUUUGUCUGCAGCCACUGGAUAAAUUUUAUUUUCAUUUUAAUAUUUCAAUAUUUGGAUUGUGACCACACAUAUCUAAGAGGCUAGAGAAACUAAAGGUUGCCACGUUGCUAUCGAACAGGCCUUUUAUUGCCAAAAGAAGUGAUUUUGACUAGAUUGUGGAAUGUUAUUGUACACUGCAUGUUGUUGACUGCAAAUUUACUCGUUUCCUCAAGGAAUAGUCACUUUGACCUGGUGACUCAUGUACCAUUGUGUAUGUUUGGUCUACCAUAUUAUUCACUUGUGCUCAUUCUCAACUGAGAGAUUUUCACGCAUCAGACAUCUGAGAGAUCAGAUUUAGAAAGUACCUUAUCAUUCUGGUGGCUCUGAAGUACAGUACACAAAUCAGAGCCCUGACCAAGUAGACACUAGGCAAGAGAGGGGAGCAGGUGGCAAAAACAAAACAAAUAACAGUUGCAAGGUUUUUAGGGAAGGAGGUGGGGAAGAUUAAGUAAGAUAAGGAAAAUGCAGGGAAAAGAUCUGAGGCUUCAUGAACCAGCUGUCAAAGCUGCUAAAAUGUUGGAAGGACAGAAAGUGGGCAGAGAUUGAGGCAAGAAUGAGCAGGAAAUGUAUAACCAGGAAACUUCAUGGAGAAACAAGGCCACUGGGAAUUUGGAUUUAAUCUAAAUAGGAGCCAUACCCAAAAUACUGUGAAUGUUUGUAGAAUGCUUGCUGAUACUUAGUUCAUGAAUGAUCAAACAGGAAAGUAUCCAGGUACCUGGGUUAGCAAAAUGAUCUCCAAUUAUUGCCUGUGCAAGAUACUUGACUCUUAAGAUAUCUUGUUCCACAAGUUGUGAAGUUCCUCAAUCAGCCCUACUUGUGUGUCCUAACAGGAAGUAUUCGAGAAAUAUUUUAGUGAAAGUUAUUUUUUUCUCUCUGUUACAUCAAUGAACUUGGCAAAAGGCAAGCUUGAAGUAAAAAUUCACAAGGACUGGCAAUUGAAGUCAAGGAUCUCCAAGUCAAUAUUGGGAGUUAUCGAAGAAUAUUUCCUGGGUGGGUCAGGGAGAAUUUACAUCACAAAAAAAUAGUCAUUUUCUGAAACAUGUCCAUGGAGGUGUUUGUCAAACAUAGCCUGUAGGCUCAGGAAAUAAGAAUAUCAUAUCUCUAUUUAAAACAAAGUAUCAUUGAGAUUUUGUAUUGCAAACAUAACUAUAAGUAGUUUAAAGGCCACACAUUUUUUGUCUUUUGUGAGCUGAAUAGACAUUCUAUAGAGCCAGCAGUUGGCUGAACAUAUCUGUUCUAGCAGCUUUAUUUGGUUAUAAAUAUAACAUGCAUUAAGUCAACACAAUGCAAGUGAAAUUUGAUUACCACAACUUAAUCAUUGAUGAAACAGAACAUCUCUUGGCAAGUAUUAAUGUAACUCUCUUGUUCUUCUUCUUCAGUCAAAGAUACUAACUCAGGAUUGUGACUAAUUUCACUGUAAUGGCUUCCUAGAAACUAUAACAUAACUCCAACUUUAUAAACAUCCUCAAAUUGGGCAAAGCAUCAGAGAUUCUUGUACUUUUACCUUGUUUUACGAUAAUUGUAAAUUAUCUAUACGCUGGUGAUCAGCCUGCUUUGACGUAGCUCACUAUGUAAAAUGCAACAUUAUACUGUUAUGUGUAAAAUAAACAAAGACACAAAUGUAAACCCACAGUCUGAUAAAGCCAAUAAUUUAUUUUCAAGAGCAGUUGCACAGAACCAUAAAUUACAACGUAAAAAUAACAUCUACUGAUGAAACCAUUCUCUGACAUACAUCGUGAAGCUUGACAUAAAUAGUAGAUAAUGAUGACUAAGGUAUAGCUUUCCUUUGGAUACAGAUACUGAGGCCAGUCUGAUGAACUUGGUUAGAAACCAGAUUCUUUUUUUUAAGCUGAUGUUUCCUGUCAAUAGUGCAUGAGAU